UCUCCACCCCCAGCCCGGGACACUCGGCCUCUCCGUCGGGAGCAGGGAUGCCGGCUGUCCUCCUGGCGGGCUGUGCCAGCCACGUGCCGUCUCCUCGGAGUAUUUUCCAGGCGUGUGUCCCUGCCUCGCUGGGUCACUGAGCCCUCCGUAGUCUGUGAAAAAUCACAGCCCCCCUGCUUCAUCGGGAUCCUUCAGGAUUCUGGCUGCGGCGGCAUCGCUUCGGGAGCCAUGGGCCGCCGGCUCAUCCACGGUGUCUCCGGAGCCGCACUCUUCCUCGCCAGCGUGGCUCUCCUCUCUGUGUGGCACCCUGGGGCUCGGGAAGCAGCUCGCUACCCAGGGCUCUGGGAAGGGAUGUUGGAGAAGCCAGAGCAACAGAGAGAAGGCAGCCCAGAGGGAGUUGGUGGCAGGGGGCAGAAGGACCUCAAACUCCAUCCUCCGGAGGUAUACAGGAGUGAGGGCAGCCUGACGCUUGGGGACAUUUUCAUAGCUGUGAAGACAACCAAGAGGUUUCACCAGAGCAGGAUGGAGCUGCUCCUGGACACGUGGAUAUCCCAGGUCAGCGAACAGACCUACAUCUUCACUGAUGAAGAAGACGGUGCCUUGAAAAGCAGAAUGGGUGGCCAUGUGAUCUUCACCAACUGCUCUGCUGAGCACAGCCACCUGGCCCUGUCCUGCAAGAUGGCUGCAGAGUUCGACGCCUUCCUGGCCAGCGGCCUGAGCUGGUUUUGCCACUUGGAUGAUGACAACUACCUGAACCCUCGGGCGCUCCUGAAGCUCUUGUCCUCUUAUGCGGAGACGUGGGAUGUUUACCUGGGCAAACCCAGCCUGAACCGACCCAUCUGGGCCUCUGAAACGCUGCCAAACAACCAGACGCUUCCUUGCAGCUGUGUGAACAGCACGGACAGCGAGGAUGGCUGCACCCCGCUGCACCUGGCGUGCCGCAAGGGGGACAUGGAGUGCCUGCUGGAGCUGCUGGAGUGCCACGCGCGGGUGGACAUCACCGACAGGAACGGGGAGACUGUUUUCCACUAUGCUGUGCGAGGAAACAACCCCCAGAUCGUUGAGCUCCUGGGCAGAACCCCAACUACUGGUUUGGACCACCUGAACCACGAGGGGCUGACAGCUCUGCACCUGGCGUGCCAGCUGGGCAAGGAGGACAUGGUUCGGUCCCUGCUGAAGUGCCGUGCCAGCUGCAGCGUUGUGGGCACACUGGGCUACCCCAUCCACACAGCACUGAAGUUCUCCCAGAAGGGGUGUGCCCAGGCCAUUCUCGAGGCAGAUGCCAGCCAGGUUUGCUCCAAGGACCCACGCUACGACGCCACUCCACUGCAUUGGGCAAAGAAUGCAGAGAUGACCCGGCUGCUGCUGGAGUACGGCUCGGAUGUGAAUGCGAGCAGCUGCACGGCCGACAUGGCUCUGCACAUUGCGGUCCAGCGGGGCCGCCUGGACUGCGCCAUGGUCCUGCUGACACACGGCGCCCACACCAACGCCCGGGGACGCGAUGGCAACACACCGCUGCACCUGGCCAUGAAGCAUGACCACCUGGAUAUGAUCAAAGCAAUCAUUGUCUUUGGAGGAGAUGUUGAGGUCCCGAAUGAUUUUGGGGAGACACCAGGAUUGUUGGCAGCCAGGAGCAGCAAAGGUGCAAACCGGAAAGUGCUCUUAGACCUGCUGCAAACUGUAGGGACCGAACGCUGCCACCCACCUCCCAACACUGACUCCCCAGGCCUGGAAUCAUCUGCUGUCUCCUUCCUGGAAGGCCAGCCUUCCUCACGGAGCAACCUCAACAGCUUAGGGUACAAGGACUUUUUGUAUAUUUCCACAACGCUCGGACAGUUGUUGAAGGCACCAGAUGUUGUGGACAUGCCCAGUGAGGCUAGAAGAAAUCAGGACCGGCUCCUGUGCUUGGAUGGAGGGGGCAUCCGUGGCCUUGUGCUCAUCCAGCUUCUCCUGGCUAUUGAAAAGGCCGCAGGCCGUCCCAUUCGUGAGAUUUUUGACUGGAUUGCAGGGACCAGCACUGGAGGGAUCUUGGCCUUGGCUAUUGUACAUGGGAAGUCCAUGGACUACAUGCGCUGCCUGUACUUCCGCAUGAAGGACAUGGUGUUCCGGGGGUCUCGGCCCUACGAGUCGGAGCCCCUGGAUGAGUUCUUGAAGAAGGAAUUUGGGGAAAACACCAAAAUGACAGAUGUCCGAAAACCCAAGGUUAUGGUGACAGGGACAUUGUGUGACCGACAGCCAGCUGAGCUCCACCUUUUCCGGAAUUACCCUGUACCAGAGACAAAAUGCUCCACUGAAUACAAGACAAGUGCAUCUUUCCAGCCACUCACUCAGCCAGAAGAGCAGCUCGUGUGGCGUGCUGCCCGCUGCAGCGGUGCAGCUCCCACUUAUUUCCGACCCAUUGGCCGUUUCCUGGAUGGAGGGCUGCUGGCCAACAACCCCACCCUUGAUGCCAUGGCAGAGAUCCAUGAGUACAACAAGACACUGAUCAAAAAGGGUCGGAAGCAGGAAGUGAGAAAAUUGGGGUUGGUGGUCUCCCUGGGAACAGGGAAGCCUCCACAGGUCCCAGUGAGCUCUGUGGAUGUUUUCCGCCCCUCAAACCCUUGGGAAUUGGCGAAAACCGUCUUCGGGGCCAGGGAGCUUGGCAGGAUGGUGGUGGAUUGUUGCACUGACGCAGAUGGCCCAGCUGUGGAUCGUGCCAGGGCCUGGUGUGAGAUGACGGAUGUCCCAUAUUUCCGGCUCAGCCCUCAGCUGCACACAGAGGUGAUGCUGGAUGAGGUGAACGACGCCGUGCUGGUGAACGCUCUGUGGGACACCCAGCUCUACAUCUACCAGCAGCGGGAGCAGUUUGAGCAGCUGGUGCAGUAUCUCUGCCGAUGACUGACCUGGAGAUUCCCGCUCUGCGUUCUGAAGGCAAGGAGCAGCAGAUGCUUGAAUGGCUCAGAUUUACCCUUGAGCCAAGGUGUUGAGGUGGGGGAGAGACCUGUAGUAGUCGAAGAGAGAGGAAUUAGUAUUGAAUAGACAACAGUGCACAUACACAUGUAUUCCCAGACACAGAAUGUAUGACAUGUAUGAUAGCUGUGAAAUGCUGACAGUUAUCUUUGUGCUGUAAACCCAUCUCUGCUGCUGUGCUUGGUUUUGCUGCCCUGCUCUCUGACCCAGAAUAUCCAGAGCCCUCACCUACUUGUCUUGAGCUGUAGCAGCUGGAACAUCUCCGGUCUGUGCAGUAACUCCACUGACAAAGCACCGUGCACCUUCCUGUGUCACAGAAUGGGCCUAGGCCUGAUAAAGCUUCAGGGAUUGCUUGGCCCACUGGGCCCAAGGUAUUUCAGGUUGUAUAGUAUGGGAAAAAGGGAUUAUUUUUCCUUCAACACACCCAGUUCGGAGGGGAGCAGAAAUGCUGCACGUUUUUGCAGUAGGUAUGAUACAGAAAGUUGCAACUGGCCUUGGGAGAAGGGCAAGCCUUUCCUGAGACAAUUGUCUUCUGCAACAGCUUCUCCUUUCCCCUCUGAGAUGGGCUGACAACACUAUGCCUGGGGAGGGAGCAGCCUCCCCACCCAGGACUUUAUUGUGCCACUGAUUUGCUGUGUUACACUUUGCGCAGGGGCUGAGAUGUGAAAGCCUGUCUUUACUCACAGCAAGUUCAGUGGAAGGGACAAAAGCCUUGGCUUGGUAGAGAGAUCAUUUCUCUUUAUUCUUAACAUGAAACUGAAAUGCUCUGAGAUCGGUUCCCAGCAAAGAAGCCAGCCCUGUGACAAUUUGGAUUUGCUUUUUUAUUACAACUGGAAAUUCUACUGUGAUUGCUACACCACUCGUUGUUUCUGCAGUAAUUUUUGCACAUUUAUAAAUAAUUUAUGUAUCUAUCCGAAGGUGUUUUGAAGAGUAACCUGAAAAACUGAAUUUUUAAUGUUUUUCUUUUGAGUGAAUGGACUGCUGCUGCCUGUUUCUGUGAGAAACCUAACAUGUUCUAAAAUAAAGAAGGAUUUGCAUUUGGUUCCAAUGUCAUGCAA